CGCUCCUCUCCGAGCCGCUCCGCUCCUCUCCGCCCUCCGCCGCGCCGGCUCCUGCUCCGGCGGCAGCCCCAGCCCCCGCCCCCGGCCCGGCCCCGCUCCGCUCGUCUCGGCUUGGCUGGCAGCAGCGCGGAGGCUCCGCCGCGCCCGCCGCCGCCUCACCAUGCCGGGGCCCCGUGGGCUCUGCCUGCUCGCCCUGCUGCUGGGCAGCCCCGCGGCCCCGCGACCAGAGAGCGGCUCAGGGGCAGCACUGGUUCCCGCCAGCCCGGACCCUCUCGCUGCAGAAGAGCUGGUGGACAACACAAACGGUGGAGCCAGGGAGCUUGGGCACACCACAGGUUUGACUGGUGGACCUGGGGAGCUCAGGCACAUCACAGGUUUGGCUGGUGGAACCAGGGAGCUCGGGCAUGCCACUGCCCUCAACCUCCUGCCGGUGGCAGAGGGUGGCACUGGGCUGGUGGCGGAGGAGACAACGCUGCUGGUGCAGAGCCGUGUCUUGCCAACACCCACCACCACCCCCAACGCUGAUGCAAAACAAACUUUCCCUGUUAAGAAAAAGCCACCUGCUCCAAAGCAAGUAAAUACGGCAAGGAAGCACCCGAGGCCCAAGCCCACCCUGCCACGGCCCCCCCAGGCUCCCUCCCUGGCCACCCCAUUGGGUUCUGGGCUCCCCGGUGCCUCCCAAGCACCACAUAUGCCAGCAGAGGCAGCAGCCAGAGCGGAGCAGAGCACCCCCGAGCUGCCCUGGGUGGGACAGGCCACCACCAGCCGCCCCGCUCUGCAGAUCUCCCCAUCCACACUGCCGCCGGGGGUCCCUGGGCCCUUCCCCGCUGGCCCGGGUGAUGCCGGUGAGGCUCCCACCACAGCUCCUGCCAGCGCUGCCAUUAACCGGACAAACAGCACAGAGAGUGAGGUGCACGGCUCUGUGUCAGAAGAGAGCCAAGAAACCACCACGUCCACCAUCAUUACCACUACCGUCACCACCACAGAGCCCAGCCCGGUCCUCUGCAGCGUGAGCUUCCACGACCCCGAGGGCUAUAUUGACUCCACGGACUAUCCCCCACUGCCCCUGCACAGCUACCUGGAGUGCACCUACAACGUCACUGUCUACACCGGCUACGGCGUCGAGCUCCAGGUGAAGAGCGUGAACCUGUCCGACGGGGAGGUGCUUUCCAUCCGUGGGGUGGAUGGCGACGCGCUGGUGGUCCUGGCUAACCAGAGCCUGCUGGUGGAGGGCCAGGUGAUCCGUAGCCCCACCAACACCAUCUCUGUCUACUUCCGCACCUUCCAGGACGAGGUGGUGGGGACCUUCCAACUCCACUACCAGGUGUUUAUGCUGAGCUGCAACUUUCCACGGAGACCUGACUUCGGAGACGUCACCGUGAUGGAUUUGCACUCGGGUGGAAUUGCUCAUUUUCACUGUCACCUGGGCUACGAGCUGCAGGGGCCCCGGGUGCUCACGUGCAUCAACGCUUCCAGGCCGCACUGGAGCAGCCCAGAGCCCAUCUGCUCAGCUCCCUGUGGCGGGACAAUCCACAACGCCACCAUCGGCCGCGUCCUCUCGCCCAGCUAUGCGGGCAACCAGUCGAGCAGCAUGUACUGUGUGUGGGCAAUCGGGGCUCCCCCAGGCCAGAAGCUGCACCUGCACUUUGAGAAGCUGCUGCUGACCGAGAAGGACAGGAUGGUGGUGUACAGCGGGGACACAAACCAGUCUGCUGUCCUCUAUGACUCGCUGCGUGCCGACAGCGUCCCCUUCGAGGGGGUGAUCAGCGACGGCUCCUCCAUCAGGAUUGACUUCCUAGCAGAGGAGCCGGCGUCCACCACGGCUUUCAACAUACGCUUUGAAGCCUUCGAGCGGGGCCACUGCUACGAGCCCUACAUCCAGAAUGGGAACUUCACCACCUCCGACCCCACUUACAACCUGGGCACCACCGUGGAGUUCACGUGCGACCCUGGGCACUCCCUGGAGCAGGGCCCUGCUGUCAUCGAGUGCGUCAACAUGCGGGACCCGUACUGGAACGACACAGAGCCGCUGUGCCGAGCAAUGUGCGGGGGGGAGCUGACUGCCAUGGCUGGGGUGAUCCUGUCCCCCAACUGGCCGGAGCCCUACGCGGAGGGGGAGGAUUGCAUCUGGCGGGUCCACGUUGGCGAGGAGAAGCGGCUCUUCCUGGACAUCCAGCUCCUGAACCUCAGCAACAGCGACAUUCUUACCAUUUACGAUGGGGAUGAGCUCACCGCCCGCAUCCUGGGGCAGUACAUCGGCAGCAGCGGGCCCCAGAAGCUCUACUCCUCCAGUCCCGACCUCACCAUCCAGUUCCACUCGGACCCUGCCGGGCUCAUCUUCGGGAAGGGGCAAGGAUUCAUCAUGAACUACAUAGAGGUGUCCCGCAACGACUCCUGCUCUGACCUGCCUGAGAUCCAGAAUGGCUGGAAGACCACAUCGCACACAGAGCUGGUGAGAGGGGCCAAGAUCACCUACCAGUGCGACCCGGGCUAUGACAUUGUGGGGAGCGACACCCUCACCUGCCAGUGGGACCUCAGCUGGAGCAGCGACCCCCCCUUCUGCGAAAAGAUUAUGUACUGCACAGACCCGGGGGAGGUGGAGCACUCGACCCGCCUCAUCUCCGACCCGGUGCUGCUGGUGGGGACCACCAUCCAGUACACGUGCAACCCCGGCUUUGUGCUGGAGGGCAGCUCGCUGCUGACCUGCUACAGCCGCGAGACGGGGACACCCAUCUGGACCUCACGGCUCCCGCACUGUGUCUCCGAGGAGUCACUGGCCUGCGAUAACCCAGGACUGCCAGAAAACGGGUACCAAAUACUUUAUAAGCGCCUCUACUUGCCAGGAGAGUCCCUGACCUUCAUGUGCUAUGAAGGCUUUGAGCUCAUGGGGGAGGUCACCAUCAAAUGCAUCCUGGGCCAGCCAUCCCACUGGAGUGGACCCCUGCCCGUCUGCAAAGUGAACCAAGACAGCUUUGAACAUGCUCUGGAAGCAGAAGCCGCUGCAGAGACGUCUCUCGAGGGGGGCAAUAUGGCCUUGGCCAUAUUCAUCCCAGUGCUGAUCAUCUCCCUGCUGCUGGGAGGAGCAUACAUCUAUCUCACAAGGUGUCGGUACUACUCCAGCCUCCGCCUGCCCCUCAUGUACUCCCACCCCUACAGCCAGAUCACGGUAGAAACGGAGUUUGACAACCCAAUCUAUGAGACAGGGGAAACAAGAGAAUAUGAAGUUUCGAUAUAAGGACAUUGGUAAGAGAGUCUCCGACUGUGACCUUAAUGUGCUCUCAUAGAACUUCCUCAGUAACUAAUCCAGAGACCACGUGGAGUUUGGUUGGACCCCUGGACCUGCUGUUGUCUUUCCUUUUGCCUCUUUAUUGAAGAUUUUACUGUUUUCUUCACUGUAUUUAUUCUAUUUAAACUGCGAUAGGUGUGCUGCAGAGCCCCAGGCGCAGGCAGCAGCGGGAGCCGGGGCAAAGCCCGGGGGGUCCUGGGGAGGUGUGGGGGCGCCCGUUGUCCCCCACAGUGUGGCAGCACGUUCCCUGGCACUGCCCACAGACAUGCAGGUGGAUUUCUGCGGUUCUGCUGUUGUUAAAAAUUAAAAACGUCUCCAUUGCAAGAGCCUGCAGUUGAUUGCUGGGAGCUGAGGUAGGCGCAGAGUUUGCUGCAGGGGCUGCCAGCCCCCUAUCUGUCCUUGCUCCCCUCGUCCCCAGCGGGACCUGCAGCUGGGGGCUCAGGGACCACCAGGACUUGUGUGCCACCGGUGCAGGGACCGUCCCCGCUGUGGCUCAGGAAAGCUGCCGGCCGGUGCAGAGCCCUGCUUGCCAUGCGGGGAGCAGGGGACGGCCUGGCACACACGAGGUACAUGCCACUUUUCUUUUCCCGCUUUGCUUUGGAUGCCGAGAGGCAGUGAGCCAGGAGUCCCAGCUCCACGGAGAAGCAUUAACCAGCCACCCCCAGCAGCCCCCAGGACACCACCCUGGGCACCAGUGGAGCAGCCAGUGCCUCUGCUCACCCUGGUUGUUCCUCAUCAGUGACUUCAUCACCCUUACCAGGAAGAGCCCAAUCCCACUAAUGGGACCCUUGUCCCCCGGUAGCAUCUCAGGAUAAGCAGGAGGGAGCAAAAUGGGCAGAAAUCAGCCCAGCAAAGUUGGUCCCACCAGAGUGGGACCCCAGUUUGAGCCUCAGCAUCACCCACCCUACUUCACUGCCUUCACCCCUGUCAGAGCUGGCCACAGGCUGCUCCCCAGCUAUGGGAACGCAGACCCCCAAAGGGCCAGCUCCUCCCUGGGCCCCCCCCACUGCCAGGCCCUGGGGAUGGCAGUGAAGCCACCAAGGUGUCCUUGGCUGCUGGUGUCUUUCUUUUGUCCUUGUAGAACAGCAAUUGUAACCACAGGAGACUGGUUUAGGUUUGGGGUGGUUAGUGCAUCUCUGCAGUGUACAGCUGAGACUUAGUUUUUUUCCUUUAAAAACAAUGAAUGUGUGUUUGUAAUUUGUAAAGGUUAAGAAAAAAAAAAAAAAGAAAAAAAAAGAAAAAAGUGCCAAAAAUGUACUAAGCAUUUCAUUUCCCUUCAUACAUGUCUGUUUUUAUAAGAACAAUGUGAAAAUUGCUGGGAUUAAAUAUUUUUGAACAUGAUAAAGUA